AUCCUGGAGGUCAGGAAGUAGAGUUCUGUCUAGGUGCCUAGCAUCUGGGUUACUUUCUCUGAUUUAGAAGCUCUUUGAUUCGGCCUGAUAAUAGUUUAUGAAGUGCGAGGCAGUAACUUCACGGCGAAGUAACAUUCAUUGAAUACUUCCUUAGUCCACUCUGCUGACUUUGGCCGGAUAGUGACGUCGGGUGUAAACAGUGACUCCUCAUGGAUGUUGAGAGUGCCCCUCCCAUACAUAAUAAUGGGGAUGAAGUGCCUGGAAUGGAAUUGUCACCAAUCGGGAAUUCUGGGAUAUCAACAAGAAAUUCAAAAUGGCCAAAACAUCCUCCUUUUGAUGACUUUGAAUAUCCUUCACAACUUGAUAGCCAGCUGGAGUUUUUCCCCCUUUGGCGUUUUCCUGUAAAGCUAGCUGGGGGAUUGUCCAUUGUUGUUUUCGUAUAUACUUUACUGAGAGAUAUCAUUCACCCCUAUGUAACUGAAAGCAAAAACGUAUUCUACAGAAUUCCCAUUUUGGUCAUGAACAAAAUGCUUCCAGUGGUUGCCAUUAUACUUUUGGCUUCGGUGUAUUUACCAGGAAUUUUGGCAGCCAUUUUUCAGCUCUAUUAUGGGACCAAAUACCGACAGUUUCCUCAAUGGCUGGCUCACUGGAUGUUGGUACGAAAACAACUAGGACUUAUCAGCUUCUUCUAUGCUGUGCUGCAUGCAUUCUUCAGUCUCUGCUAUCCUAUGAGAAGAUCAUACAGAUACAAACUACUCAACUGGGCAUAUCAGCAGGUGAAACAAAACAAAGAAGAUGCUUGGAUUGAAGACGAUGUUUGGAGAAUGGAAAUUUAUGUUUCUCUAGGAAUUUUGGGUCUUGCAAUUCUUGCUAUAUUGACUGUGACUUCAGUUCCUUCGGUCAGCAAUUCACUAAAUUGGAGAGAAUUCCAGUGUAUACAGUCAAAGAUGGGAUAUUGUGCAUUAUUCCUAUGCACUCUUCAUGCUCUGGUAUAUGCCUGGAGAAAGUGGGUAGAGCUCAAGUAUUUCGUCUGGUAUACACCACCAACAUUUAUCAUUGCAGUUUUUUUACCUACUUUAGUUUUGCUUUGCAAAACAGCAUUUCUGUUCCCAUGUCUUGCAAGAAGAUUGGGUAGAAUUCGACGAGGAUGGGAAUGGAAGUCAAGGUAUAAAAAGGAAUCUAAAUGUAAUAUUGAUGUCAUGGAAGAUCAGGCUACCGCUGAAAGAUUAACCAGAACAGCAGAAGAUUCUUAAUAACCUCAGUGCAAAAGAACAAUUCUUGCAGUUGGCUGUUAUGAUACAUGCACAGCACAUGUUUGUCUUUGUGGACAGUAAAGAAGGGCCCACAUUCUGAACUACUUUCUUCUUGUUAAAUAUUUCCUAAUGCAUCAUUUAAAUGUAGAAAGCUUUAUUCUGCUAUGAAGAGAGAACAAUACUACAAAAGAAAACUUGUCUUCCUUUCCUUUCAAAAUUUGAGAUAACUAAUUAUUUUAAAAUAUUCAGUCAGCAUGCAUGCUGAUCAUUGACAUAUUGAACAUUUUAGUGUUUCCUUUACAUAUCCAAAUAAGAGUUAAUCUGUUUUACUAGCCAAUAUUGAAGCUUGACUUAUGAUUGAUCAUGAAACAGAAUAAUUCCCAGUGAAAAGACCAGAAAAUAGAUGACUUCUUUUGGAGGUUUUAGUUAUUCCACAUAUGGUCCCAUACCAGCAUUAGAUAUUUUGAGGGCUUAUCUGCUCUUUCUAUCAAAGUGACCAUGUUGAGACAUAGUGAUCAUAUUUUAACAUUUUCUUGUUCUAAACUGUCUUUGACAAAAAGAUUAUUUUGAACAUUGUGCUCCAUAUUUGUUUUCUUUUCUGACAAUAUGCAGUAUUCCAGUUCACUUGUAUUUUAUAAUUGUACAGCAUCAAAGGGAAUGUGGUGCAACUGGCAACCCAGUUGGUGUGGCAGCAUCUAUGGUGAGAAAGCAGAGCUAAUGUAUCCCUCACAUCCAUCUGGAAGGACAAGUGAUGAAGAAUCACCUGACUUGAAACAUUAACUGUGCUUUCUCCCCAUAGAUGCUGCCAGACCUACUGAGUUUCACAAGCAAUUUCUGUUUUUGUACACAGACUGCUUAAAUAUUGCUCUCCUCAUAUCUGUACCUUAAGUGGACCUAAAUGUGGAGUUCCAACUUGGUGGGUGUUGUUGAUAUAAUAGCUACUUUUAAAGUUGUCCUUUCAUUUAUUGACUGAAUUGAUAAUGGCAAGAAAUAUAAACACUUCCCCAAAUGAUACCGCACUUGACUAUGGAUCAGAAGAUUCUAGAUUUGACUCAUGACAGGCUUGAAUAUUUAAGGGUGACACAGUGACUAAGUGGUUAGCACUGCAGCCUCAAGUGCCAGGGACCCAGGUUCAAUUCCACCCUCAGGUGACCGUCUCUGUGCAGUUUGUACAUUUCUCUGUGUGUCUGCGUGGAUUUCCAAUGGGUGUUCCAGUUUCCUCCCAACGUCCAAAGAUGAGCAGGUUGGGUGCAUUGGCCAUGUUAUAUUGCCCAUGGCAUCCCAGGGAUGGGUGGAUUAGCAUGAAAAAGCAGAGGUGGGCCUGGGUGGGCUCCUCUUUGAAGGGUAGAUGUGGGCUCGAUGAGCUGAGGCCUGUUUCUACAUUAGGGAUUUUAUGAAAACAAUAAAAACAUUUUAAGGCUGUAACAAACAAAUUGGUUUUAUUAUUUAAGGUAUUGACUGUGCAUUCUGUAUUAAAAGUUUCU